AUGUCUGCUCCCGGGGGAAACAGCGCCAGCAGCAGUCCCACUCUGCCCGCGGGGAGAGGCCCUGGCGGCGGCCCCGGCUCAGGACCAGGCCCCGAGCUAGACUUCAGGUCUGGGACUCGGAUGGAGGACUUGUCUCGUCUGAUCCUGGAACUCAGUAAACACGAACAGAGAGAAUACGAUGAUCAGAGAGCACUGGAGAUACACACAGCCAAGGACUUCAUUUUCUCCAUGUUAGGCAUGGUGCAGAAGCUGGAUCAGAAGCUUCCUGUAGCUAACGAGUACUUGCUGCUCUCAGGGGGGGUCCGUGAGGGGGUGGUGGAUCUGGACCUAGACGAUGUCUCAGUAUAUUCUCGCGGUUCAGACUUUGACAUGGACUUCACGCUCCUGGUACCGGCUCUAAAGCUACACGACCGGAACCAGCCGGUGACUCUGGACAUGCGGCAGUCUGCCCUGGGGCACACGUGGCUAUCUCUGCGGCUGUUUGACCAAUCAACAAUCAGCAAGUGGAAAGACUGCUGCUCUGUGGUCGAACACUCCAGCGGCAACAACUACUUCUACAGCCCCACCAAGGUUUCCAGCUGGUUCUACUGCUCCGUGUGCUCUGUGCUAUCAGAGAUCCAGAGGAAGCCGCAGAGGGGUAUGCCGCGGGUGGAGAAGGUGGAGGCCCAUGGCACGGUGGUGUCGGUGGUGCUGGGCGUGGGCAGCAGCAGGAUGCUCUAUGACAUCGUGCCUGUGGUCUCCUUCAAAGGCUGGCCAGCUGUCGCUCAGUCCUGGCUCAUGGAGAACCACUUCUGGGACGGCAAGAUCACCGAGGAGGAGGUGAUCAGUGGGUUCUACCUGGUUCCCGCCUGUUCGCCGUCUGGUCGGCGGGAGAAUGAGUGGCGGUUGUCGUUUGCGCGCUCGGAGGUGCAGUUGAAGAAGUGCAUCUCUGUGGGCCUCAUGCAGGCGUUCCAGGCCUGUAAGGCGCUGGUAAUGAAGCUGCUCUCGCGUCCCAAAGCGCUGACCGCGUACCACCUGCGCAGCACCAUGCUGUGGGCCUGCGACCGCCUUCCCGCCGCGUACCUGAGCCAGGACGAUAGCUCCGCCCACUUUUUGCUGGGGCUGCUGGAUGACCUGCAGCACUGCCUCCUCAACAGGACGUGUCCAAACUACUUCAUCCCACAAUGCAACAUGUUCGAGCACCUGAGCGACGAGAGCGCCCUGCUACACGCUCGCCGCAUCUGCUCCAUCCGCGCAGAACCUGUAGAGCACCUGCGAGGGGCGCUAGAGCAGGCUAAAGCUGCGCACAGGCUGACAGUGGAACUGCAGUGGCGCGGUGCUUCCUCCAACCUGCCGUCGCCUCAGUCCGAUGCCGGCGGAGACGCUCAGCCUGACGACCGUUUGGCCAAAAAACUGCAGCAGCUGGUGACAGAGAACCCCGGCAAGUCCAUCUCUGUGUUCAUCAACCCGGAUGAUGUCACACGACCACACUUCCGCAUCGACGACAAGUUCUUCUGA